AGGCAGGCAGUGGCCAAGAUUAUGUGACCUCAGAAAAUCAGCUGCUUUACUACCCUAGUAUUACCUAUGCUAUCAUUGGUAGCUCUGUCAUUUUCGUACUUGUGGUGGCCUUUCUUGCCUUAGUCCUGCAUCACCAACGCAAACGCAACAAUCUCAUGACCCUGCCAGUGCAUCGACUGCAGCACCCUGUCCUGCUGUCCCGGCUGGUGGUCCUUGAUCACCCACACCACUGCAGCGUCACCUACAACGUCAACAAUGGGAUCCAGUACAUGUCCAACCAGGCGUACCACAGGCCAGUGGACCUGGACUCUCCACCAUCCUAUUCAGAGGCUGUGCUUGACCAAAGCAGACCUCCUUGGUUUGACCUUCCUCCACCACCUUACUGUUCUGAGUCUGAAUCCCCUAAUCAGCCAGAUCUUCCUCCUUACCGAUCUCGAACGGGAAGCUUGGUGAGCACAGACAUCCCCAUGGCAGGAAUCCCUCUGGGCACAGUCGGCAGCUGGACAAGAGACAUCCAUGACAGCAUGGAUGGCCACAGGACUCUUCUCGAGAGGACAGCAGAUCAAAGCGAUUCUCUGGUCAACCAUAUUACUGAAAGAGAAGUGUAA